UUAGAGGUAAAAUAGAUAGGAGGGCUCUUCCUGAGUUGAGCUGUUGACUGUGUGGAGUUUUAAUCUGCUCUCACCACUAAUGAACUAUGGACUAGACAUCCACUAAAGUUCUUUCCAUUUUGAAAGUUUUGAGACACAUUUUAAGAUGAGCGACCGAGACAGCAGCAUCUCUGCCUCUCAAACAGAGGGAGAAUUAGAGGAAGAGCUGGAUGAAGAGCUUGAAGGAGACACGGAGAUGGAAGAAGAAAAAAGUGAGAAUGAGAGAGCCAGUCCGUGCCCCAGUCUAUCCAACAUCUCCUCCACUCUGCGCGCUGUAAUACGCAUUAAACAGAAGUACCAAGCAAUGAAGAAGCGCCGUCAGGAGAUGGCCCUGGGGGGACAAUGUGCCCUCAUGGGCGCCCCAGGACGCACCAGCCCCAAAAUCUUCACCUUUGAUGGAUUCACGCCCACUGCGUUCUCCUCUCAGCCAUCUAAUGUCUCUCAGAGGAAGAAAAAGCGAAAAAGGAAAAGGGUGUUGUUUCCUGAAGGAGGGGGGCGGAGGGCUCCACCAAAGCAGGACCACAGCCGAGCCAAAUACUGCCUCUACCUGCUCUUUGCCAUCGUCUUUCUCCAGGUGUACAAUGCCAUAGAAAACCUGGAUGACCACGUUCUUAGAUAUGACCUGGAGGGCUUGGAGAAGACACUGAGGAGGGAGGUAUUUGGGCAGCAAGGAGCUGUGGAGAGUCUGCUGUCCCACCUGAAGGACUACCUGUCUACCUACGUCCACAACAAACCCCUGGUGGUCUCCCUACACGGCCCAACAGGGGUAGGUAAGAGCCACCUGGGACGCCUCCUGGCCGGGCAUUUCCGCUCCGUGGUGGGUGACACACUUGUGCUGCAGUACUACGUACUUCACCACUGCCCCCAGGAAGAGAAUGCCCCGCAAUGUGCCAAUCACCUCUCAGCUGUCAUCUCAGAGAUGGUAGAACGAGCCGAGGAGGAAGAGAAGAUCCCACUCUUCAUCUUCGAUGAGGCGGAGCAUAUGCACCAUGAGAUCCUGGACACACUGUUGCAGCUUGUGUCCUCCAAACAGUCCAAUGAAUACCUGAAUGCCAUUUACCUGUUUCUGAGCAACCUGGGUCAUGCACACAUCACCAAACACAUGCUGCACAACUCCUCGAGUAUUUCCAUGGCGAUGACAGCAUCAGGUCGUCAUAGUAAUCUCAUAAAAGAGCUGACUCCUAUUUUACGCAGCAGGCUGGAGAAGCUUCAUCCACUUUGGACAGAGGCUGACAUUGUACCUCUGGGUCUACUGGAGAAAGGUCAUGUGAUGGAGUGCUUCCUGGAUGAAAUCACUCGAGAGGGAUUCUACCCGGAUCACGCUAACAUAGAGCGGCUCACGGGGGAGAUUGAAUAUUACCCUGCAGUAGGGGGGCACGAAUAUUCCCAGACAGGAUGCAAACAAGUGGUGGCUAAAGUCAACCUGCUGUGAAAUGCUCUGCAGGAAAUGUUCAUAUUCUUCAUGAAGAAAGAGUGUGUGAGAAGAAGGUGACUGUCCGUGGUUAUGAAACUUGAAUGACACAACCCAAAGUCAAAGCUUUCAAAAAUGGUUUUGUAAGAAUGUAAUAAAAAAAGAAAUUAAGUUGUUUGUUCACAGACAAUAAGGCGUGAGGACGCUCAACUCUGUUGAGAAAAGAGGAAUAAACAGUGCCUAAGGGUUGGUUCACCCAGUGUACAUUAAAAAAAAAGAUGCUCCAAGUUAACUCUUUUAGUGUCUCUUCAUGCUGUUGAUUUGUAUUGGGUGAGUCCAGAAAUAAACCCAACCAAAUACCUCUGAAUAACUGCAUAGAAAAAAAAAUCUAAACAUUAUGUACAUAUUAGUACAGUACAGACAUUCCUAGUCCACAGAGGAUGUUUCAGUAACUCACCUGACAUUUCACCUAGCACUACCAGUAAGUAAAAUGUGACUACUGUCUAAUGAAACCAAUCCAAAUGUACUUAACAGACUGGCCGGAUGAUGAAUCACACUGCUAACAGUUUCUGCUCUGACUGAUUGCCAUAACAUUUGGAGCAGACAUUAAAGAACCUUGAAGGAUAAAUCCCACUGACUUUGGUCUUCCCUUCACUGUUCUUCUAGUGCCACCAUGAGGUUAAUGAGUGUACUUUUGAGUGAACUGGACAAAUGUUGGAUCGACUGUUUGGGACUCUGCAAAACAUGCUGCCGUGCUAAGCUAAGACGUUAAACAUGCUGAACAUGCAUUCGUUUUAAGCUUUAAAUACCAUUUGAGGUAACUGAGAAUAUCUGGGGGAUUUUUGUUGUUUUUGUGAUUUGGGACAUUAUAAAGUCAGUUCAAUCAGACAUGAAUGCUGAUGAGGAAAAACAGGUUAUUAGUGGUCUUUUGUGAUAAGAUAAUAUGAAUUGUGUAAGAUUCAUAUUUGCCUAUUUCUGGAGGGGAAGUUUAGAUAUUAAUACUGCAUAAGAUGCUGUCACUUCAGGAUGUUCAGAGGAAGUCCUUUUUUGGCAGAUGUUGCAAUUUGAUUUUCUUUUUUUAAAAUGCUCGUGCAAGUCAGCAGAACAAAGCAGCAGCACAUGGUAGCCUUCCCUGUGGGCAAUUAAUGUCUUCCAUUGUGAAUUUGGUCCCUGGUAAGUUUAUCUAUUGUAGAAAAUACAAAACCGAAAAGAAACAAAGCCAGCACAGACUUGCACUAACAUGUUAAAGUGGACCUACGAUGCUACACACAGUCAUAAUGGUGGAUGGUCAUACUAAACGUGGUUUUAAAUACUGUUGUCAAUAUAGUGCUCUAAAGGCUCUGCUUUUUCCUGCUCUUGGGUCUGUUUGAUGUUAAUUAGAGUUGGUAAGAGUUCCUUUUAAGGAAGAGCUAAAACAUGCUGUUUCAGACUGGAUGAACUGAGGGGGCUCCACCAAAACCCAGUAUAAAUAAGGAUUAUUUUUGAACUGUGAAUCAUGCAACGCUACUCUAUUAAAGUACAAGAACAAAAGUAUCAAGCUGAAAAUGACCACAACAGGUCACCUUUAUUGUUCGGGUAUCUUUCAGUCUAAAUAAUACCUUCAAAUUAAACUCCAACUUUAAGGUAACAGUUUCCUACCAUAAGGCAAAACCCUGUAAUUAUUACAGUUGAUUUAUUUUUUAGCAUGCACUGUCACAGUUAGGGUACAUAUAUAUAAGGGCUGUUAGAAUCUU